UUUGGGGUAGUGAAAGACUACUGAAGUGUGUGAAUCAUUCUGAGCCAAGAUAUUUAGUUAGUUGAAGACACUGCUUAUGAUUUUCAUAACUGUAUUCACUUCUGUAUCCCCACAGACAGCCCAAAAGGUGCUUCAAAAUGCCAGCCGGCCUGGAGAAAGCUUGUCACCGCUGCAUAUCCAAAAUUGCCAGCAAUGCAUGCUUUAUAUUUGGGCUCCUUGCUUUCCUUGCCUUACCAUUGUCCAUGACUUUUACAGGAAUGAAGUUUUUGGAAGAUUGCCCAGUUCAGCCACUAAUUCCAUUAUAUCUGUUGGUGGGUGGAGUGAUUGGCAGCUUAAAGGUGACUCUGCUGCUGUACGACUCAACCAGGAUGAGGCAACUGCUUUCCAAGUCUGUUGUGAUUGAUGAUGAUGAUGACGAUGAAUACCCCUGGAGGCAGAAUGCUCACAAGUACUACAUCCAUCUAACCCUCAGCCUCUUUCUCUUCCUCUGGUUCAUUCUUGGGAACUACUGGGUGUUUUCAGUGUACCUGCCAAAUUUUAUCCCACCUUUCCACCAGCCUCAGGAUUACUGUGACAAAACCUUGUACAUUUUUGCUGUUGGUGUUCUCAUUAUUAGCCAUACUGUUCUCUUCCUCCUCAUCUUUUGUAGCUGUUGCAUAUAUUUUUUUUCCAGGCAAAGAUACUCUUCAGAGGAAGACUAAGUGCCACGUAAAUAAAGCUCCAGAUGUUUAGGAAAGGGUGUGCAAUGAAAAGGCAAUAACUCACCCUUAUGUGUAUCUUUGUUGUACUACAUAUAUGUAUGUUAGCAGUCAACUGCAAGAGGAAAUUGUAAAUCACAUCCCAGUGCCAUUUGGAAAUAGCUAAACUAGAAUACAGCUUACUCAAUGUGAAAUUGCUGCUACAGAUGCCAGGGUGCAGUCUUGCUGACUUCUAUAACCCUUUUGUAACUCUUGGAUUUUCUAUUUGGAGUGUCACAUUCUUUAGUAAGCUCUUGGAUAUGACAAACUCCUCUAAAACCAGACUCCUGGUUUUACAGCAUAGUACAUAUUUGCCUGUAAAAGUAGCCACUUUAUCCCCUUUACUGGGACCUGAACACCACUGUAGCCUUGCCGAGGUAUGUUAGUGUCCCUGCAUUAAAGAUGCUGAGGCAACAAAAGAUAUAGGGCUGCAUUCAGACCACUUUGAAUUUGGACUUUGACAGUGACUUAGAUGCUCAUCAGGAAGCCAGCCAGGCCACUGUUAGACCAGCCAGUUAAGUAUCUGGGAUAGCAGUAUGAGCAUGUAUAAAAGGCAGCUUGAAUAUGGCCCCAAGAUCUCUCCUGAACUUGGACUAGAAAGCAUCUGUAUCUAUCUUUGGUGCUAAAACAGCCUCCAUAUAUCCAUGUAUAUCCAGUGCAUCCAAACUGAGCCAAGGCCACCAGGAGAUGAGCUACUGAGCAACAGAUUAGGUGCUUUAACCAGGACUCAGCAGUUUCCAGCCAGGAGAGACUCAUUUCUCCACUUUUUGUAUGACAUUAAUUUGUCUCUACCACACCAAGAUGCUUGUCAAACCACGGUGAUUAAGUUCACAUCAAAAUUGAUGAGGCUAUGUUAGUAUCUUAAAUAUAGAACAUGGUAAUAAGACAUGAGCAGGAAUGUGAGAAUUUUAGGUGGAUGUGCUUACUACAGCAGUUCUCUGGUUGUGGUGUGAGUGCACACCUGAAUUGUUCACCGCAGUGCUGUACUUAUGGAAAUCUAUACUUAAUGGAUAGAUGUAACUAAUACAGCUUUUAAGCCAACAGCAGUGUCAGCUUUAAAAGCACCAGCAUGCUCAGAGACAAUUGUUUUGUGACAUGUAAUGGAACGAGCCCGUACCUGGUCCUGGGAGAUUGUUUUUUAUGUGCUGAUGAAUGCAGUAUAAAAGUGCUCUUUCUGCUUUUUCUUUUAUGCAGAUCUGUUAAUACAGUCACAGUGGAAGGGCUCUCCUCUACACAAGCAUGAGGAUGGCCCCAGGCACAGGAAGCAGAUGCGGGCUUGGGGUAUCUUUUCUGUUAAAAAACAGUGUUUUUAAAAGUGUGUGUUUUAGAGAAAACUAACAGAGCUGUAAGGCACCUGUGGGAGGGCAAGAUCUGUUCAACAACAAUAACCACAGCUUUGUUCAACCAUUCAUCCUGGGUCUGAGGCUGAACAAUAGAAUAUCUGUGGAAAUCACCUGUGAACAUUUAUCUCAGAGCCAUUGCAUAGACUAAGAGUGCAUUUGGUCCAGAUAGAUUUUAAUUCAGGUCCCAGCUUUAAGAAUUAUUUACUUCCAGAAACCUAAUCUUAGCAAGCCGGUGGGAUAAUGGGUAGAAGAGGAAAAAUCAGUGUAGCACUUCCCAGCUCCACAGCAGUUAUCAGGAGUCAGAGAUAUGCUGUCCCCGUUCAGAAAUUCAUCAAAUGGAAGUUGCUAACACUGCCACUUGAUGCAUGCCUGUGUGCAGGGAAAUAUGAGCAAUGGCAGCCUUUCCCUUUAUACAUGGACUGAAGAUCCAGGCUGUGUUUUCCCAUGAGCUGCUUCACCCCAUGCUCACUACUGCCUCUCUGAAGGUACUACGCAUUUCUGAAACAUAACUGUUGCCAAUAGUGGAAUGCUAGAAUUCCUCCUUCCUACCCCAAGUAUCUCAUGGCUCAGCAUUUGGACUAGUGGAUUUUAGCACAGGCAGAUAUUCAGUGCUCAGUUCUGAACAACUCUACAUGAUUCUACCUUCAGUGGAGAGCAUAUUUCAUUCAUUAAGAUGUCACAGUGUUGAAGAAAUUGCAUUUCAGCAUCUUGACAUCCAUCCAGCACUUGAAUGUAACAAAGCAGCUGUUUAACAUUGCACAGGAACCUUACCAAAAAGCAUUAAAAAGAUUAUACUCAGUUUAUAAUGCAAAGGAAAUUUAACACUAAAGUAGCUACAGACAUCCAUUCCAAUCAUUGGACUCCAAUAAAAAUGUCCCUGUUUCUUGUAAAAUGCUACUAGGGUCAUUUUUGAUUACAGAAAAUUACUCCUGUGUAUGCCAGAACUGACUGCUGUGCCACUACACACCCAGCAACCUUGCAGCAAAUGACAGUGUGUAUGCUCCUACCCAACCAAAUAUGAUUUGAUUUUAGUUUGUCCCACAAAAGAAGAGAUUUAAGCUGAGUCUCAUUGCCUUGUGUUUUCUGUGUGCCUGUAUGAGGGCAGCUGCAGCAGCAGAUGAGCAAUAAUUCAUGAAACACACCAGUGACACAACAGUGAGCCUGAGGCCUGUGUCUCAUUCAGGCUGAAUGAAUCUCUGCAGUCAGCUGUGGAGACUU